CGGCAGCUCGAGCCCGUGCGCAGGCGCGGUGUCGAGGGAAGCCACUUCUCCCGCUGAAUCGCGCGUCUGCGCACUUGGUGUUAUUGUGAUUGUCGGCCCGCGGCCCCGGAUGUGGUGGCUGCCGGGGGGUGAUGGCGGAGGCAGAGGGGGUGGCCGCGGCCCCAGGCCCAGCUUCGGGGCCGACGUUCAGGGGUCGCGGCGCUACGUCAGGCUCCUUGGAGCGGGACCAGCAGGUUGAGGCGGCGCAGCGGGCCCUGGUGAAGGUGCUGGGACCUUACGAGCCUCUGCUGAGCCGAGUGCAGGCAGCCCUCGUGUGGGAGCGGCCAGCCAGGAGCGCCCUGUGGUGCCUGGGGCUGAACGCGGCUUUCUGGUUCUUUGCACUGACAUCCCUUCGUCUUGUAUUUUUACUUGCAUUCAGCUCGAUGAUCCUGGUGUGUAUAGAUCAAUGGAAGAACAAAAUCUGGCCUGAAAUAAAUGUGCCAAGACCCGACGCAUUAGACAAUGAGAGCUGGGGCUUUGUACACCCUCGGUUACUCAGCGUGCCCGAGCUCUGUCACCAUGUAGCUGAAGUCUGGGUUAGUGGGACCAUUUUCAUAAGGAAUCUUUUGCUUUUCAAAAGGCAAAACCCAGGCAAGUUCUGCUUGCUGAGCUGCGGGAUACUGACCUUUUUGGCCGUCUUGGGCCGCUACAUCCCCGGGCUCCUGCUCUCCUAUUUCAUGUUUGUCACGGUGAUGAUGUGGCCCCUGGCUGUGUACCACCGGCUGUGGGAUCGGGCCUGUGUGCGGCUGAAGCCAGCUCUGCAACGGCUGGACUUCAGUGUCCGCGGCUACAUGAUGUCCAAGCAGAGAGACAGACAGCUGCGCCGCAGAGCUCUGCGCCCAGAGCAAGCCGUGGACGACCACAGUGACAGCGAGGAGGAGCUUGCCGCCUUCUGUCCUCAGCUGGAUGAUUCUACUGCCGCCAGGGAACUGGCCAUCACAGACUCGGAGCACUCAGAUGCCGAGGUUUCCUGUACGGACAAUGGCACGUUCAACCUUUCACGGGGCCAGACACCUCUAACAGAAGGCUCUGAAGACUUAGAUGGUCACAGUGACCCAGAGGAGUCCUUUGCCAGAGACCUUCCAGACUUCCCUUCCAUUAACGUGGAUCCCGCUGGCCUGGACGAUGAGGAUGACACCAGCAUCGGAAUGCCCAGCUUGAUGUACCGUUCCCCAGCAGGGCCUGAGGAGCCCCAGGUGCCCCCCGCCAGCCGGGGCGGAGCUGCGCUGCCGGGGCUCCUGCUGGAAGCCCUGCCUGCCGGAUCCAGCCUCACCAGCAACCUUGCCGGCCUGGUCUCCCAGGGCAUGAUCCAGCUCGCCCUGUCAGGGGCCUCCCAGCCAGGCCCUUCUGGCCCGCCUCCCCGGAGAGCAACCAGAGGUGUCCUCCGGGCCCCCAGCUCAGACCUGGACACUGAUGCCGAGGGGGAUGACUUUGAACUUCUGGAUCAGUCAGAGCUGAAUCAGCUGGACCCUGCUGGUUCCAGGAGCCACUGAGGCAGAGACUCCUUUUGGGGGUCACUGUGGUUUAGGUUUUUAUUCUCCUCAUCCCACUAAAGGUGAAGGGGCAAGGGAAGAACCCAGGUCCUGUCCCCUGAACAUGUGUGUGUGCCUGGUGGCCCGGCUGGCGCUCAGAGGGCUGCUGACGAGGAUGCCCCCUUCCCUGCCACCAGCCGGGCGCCGGCUUCUGAGCUCAGCCAGCGAGUGAGUGGGCGUCCUUGGGGAGGCUCCUCUCCAUCAGGAUGGUACUCGUGGGGAACACAGUAGCCAAGGGCACGGGUUCCCCUUUGAGGGGGUGCUGCUGUUUGCUUCUGGGUAUGGGUGCUUGGGGGCCCUCGGUGAUAGAAGAGCCCUUCGUCUCCUUCCUCCUCCAUCACCUCCCCGGAGGUGCGAGUCAGGCAGCAGCUGGAACAGUUGCGUUGUCAUCCUCCUCUUUUGCUAAGCCAUGAUUUGAUUUGUCUCUCUCUAAGCAAUUUACCGUUUGGCUCUGCAGAGCAGGCCUGUUCCCUCUGCUCCAGCCCAUCCUCGUUUCUCGAGGCCUCACUCCAGUGCUCCAAAUCAUUGCUUGUGAAAUCUAAGAAAUGUGAACAUGCCGAGGGGUGGGCCUCUUCCAGGUCAUCUAGGGCUGUGGGGUCAGCUGGCUGGGCAGGUGAGUGCCUCCGUAGCUCGUGGUCUCACUGAAUCUUCGGGAGCUGCCUGGUUGUCUUUGGUGCUGCUAACCCCUGGCUCCGUUUGACCAUUAGCCUGAGCAGCUAGCAAAGCAAUACCAUACCGUAUCCGUUCCUGUGUUCCUGCUCCUUCCCCUGCUCCUCCUCUGGAGAAGGAACGUUCCCUGGGGGAUGCCAGAGUAGCACUUUACAGAUGGCUCAGUGGCGUUCAUCCCAGGAGCCACCAGCUCUUCUUGCACCAGCUCUUCUUACUCCCUGUUCAGCUCCUUUAGUACUUUUUAUAUUUCAUUGCUUCCCAACUUGGUAGGGCCCCUUUUAAGGAUGAGCCCGUUUAGCAAGAAUAUGUCUGUAAUGAGCAGAGACCCCUCUAAGGGGCAUCUGUUAGACUGCCCCUAGUAAAAUCAUGAGACAAAUACUGAAAUUGGUAAUUCUACGUGUGCCAGCUUACAUCCUGUCUCUGCCUCCCAGAUCAGAGCUGAAGCCAAACUCUCCUAUCUCUCUCCCUCUCUGCGUUAACCCUUUGCGGAUCCUCAGGGACCACUCCCCCAACACCUCGCACCUGGGUGAGGGAUGCUGGACAGAGCCCAUUUUCAUGUGCUACAGGUGGGAGUGUGCGAACACAUUUGCUCUUGGUUGAUGGAUGAGGUAGAGGCCAGGAAGUGAAAACAGGUAACAGUGAGAAGGGAGAAGA